AAUAUAAGUAACGUCAAAAUCAAAUCAAUUCAAUUUGGUUGCAAAUUAAUGGAAAAGCGUGAUGAUAAGAUAUCAACAUAAUAAUACAGUUUUAGAACUAUUUUCUAAAAUAGCCCAAGAAAUCGAUCAAAAAAACGACCGGAAUGAAAGAUUGAUUAAACUUUCUCGUGAUAUAACGAUUCAAUCUAAGAAAAUUAUAUUCCUCCUCCAAACUACUUCAAAAAAUAACAAGGAGAAUGUACUUGAGGAAGCAAAGCAAAAAAUUGAUAAAUUAGCUACAAUAAACUUUCAAGCGGUCGCAAAAGAGCUGAAAGACAGAGAUCAGUACCAAUAUUUACGGGCAUUUACUUUUGGUUUACAGGAAUACAUUGAGGCUUGUUCUUUUUAUGAUUACUUAAACGGAGAUCCAAUAUGUGAUUGGAAUGAUUUCCAGAAUAAACUAACAUUCGAUGCUGAAGGAACGCAUGUGUUUGUGUCUCCGACUGAUUUGUUAUUGGGCCUUUCAGACCUUACUGGUGAAGUAAUGAGAUUUUGUAUUAACUCUUUGGGAAGUUCGAAUGUUGAAGAAUGUUUUACUUCCACUAAAUUCAUGCAAAUAAUACACAAGUGUCUCUUAAGUACUACUUUACAAAGUAGAGACUUUUGUCACAAGUUGCUGACGUUGAAGCAAAGCGUUUUAAAAUGUGAAAUGGUAUGCUUUCUGAUUAAAGUUCGCGGAAGUGAAGCCACUAAGUUAGGCGCUGAAGGUAUAUAUACAAAUAUUGUCGAAACUCGAAAAGAUGAGGACGAAGGAUUUUAUUAACUCUUUGAUGUAUUUACCUGCAUUAUUUAUUCAAUUUUUAAUAAAUAUAUAAAUAAAAACUAUAUAAGAAUUAAUUUA